GGGUAAAUAGAUGUUUGGCUCCGCCUUGUAAGGCGACAGGAAGCGCCUCCACUACCAAGUGAUUUGCCAGUUUUAAGAAAAGUGAAGUAAGGCCGAAGUUAAAUCGAAGGAUUUGAUCGAAGACAUCCGAAAGUUUAGUGUGAAAUCUAUGUGCGACCUACCUCGAAUGUGGUUUGAUACUAAAGAACCAAGUGAAAAACAUGUUUUCGUUCAUGCACUAAAUGUAGCAGUAUAGCCAGUUAACGAAAACAUCAAGAAACGUGCCAGGCCAUGGCCCAGGGCAGUGAGGUCCAGUACGAGCCGGUGGCAGAGAUCGGAGGUGGUGCGUACGGGACGGUGUACAAAGCUCGGGACCUGGAGAGCGGGCAGUUUGUAGCUCUGAAGAGCGUUCGCGUCCAGACGGACCAAGAUGGCCUCCCCAUCUCCACAGUCAGAGAGGUGGCCCUGCUGAAGAGACUGGAGCAGUUUGACCAUCCCAACGUGGUCAAGCUCAUGGACGUAUGUGCCACCCUGAGGACGGAUCAGGAGACUAAAGUCACCCUGGUGUUUGAGCACGUGGACCAGGACCUUAAGACCUACCUAGAGAAGGCCCCUGCCCCAGGACUGCCCCCCAGCCGCAUCCAAGACCUGAUGCGUCAGUUGCUGUGUGGCCUGGCGUUCCUCCACUCGAACCGCGUGGUGCACCGGGACCUGAAGCCAGAGAACAUCCUGGUCACCAGCCGUGGUCAGGUGAAGCUGGCCGACUUUGGACUGGCAAGGAUCUACAGCUACCACAUGGCCCUCACUCCUGUGGUGGUGACUCUGUGGUACAGGCCUCCUGAGGUCUUGCUCCAGUCCACCUAUGCCACGCCUGUGGACAUCUGGAGCACGGGCUGCAUCUUUGCUGAGAUGUUCCGACGCAAACCAUUGUUCUGUGGAGACUCUGAAGUGGACCAACUGGGAAAGAUAUUCAAUGUGAUUGGCCUGCCACCUGAGGAGGAGUGGCCUGCUGAUGUCACCCUCUCACGACACAACUUCAGUCCUAUCAGCCCCCGCCCAAUCACCGACUACGCUCCAGAGAUCAAUAAACAGGGGACAGAGUUGCUGCUGAAAAUGCUAACUUUUGACCCUCUAAGAAGAAUCUCUGCACUGAAUGCUCUAGAACAUCCUUACUUCCAGGAGAAUGAGGAGGAAGUGACAAAUGGUUGAAAUGCAGUUAAUGACAUUUGUGUAAUUGUCAUUCAGUGCAUUUCAGGCCAGGUUCCUGUUGUGGGUCCUUUUUUUAUCUUACUACACACCCAGUGGACCACCUGGAGAAUGUAAGGAGAGAAGUGGGGUUUUAGGACCAAUAUGGAUAUGAACCUGAAGAGGGAUUGACUCGUUCAUUCCCCAAGUGAAAUGUGCACCCAUACAUGCAACACGGAAUAACUGUCCUGAGUCAUUAUUAUAGCUUAAUGUAUUUUUGUAAAUUCACACAUGAACACAGUAGCUAAGUGGCAUUUGUUGAACAGGUUUACAGGCCAAAUGUAUUUUUCUGUACCAAGCAUCCCUCCCAAUGUAUCAGUGUUGCAAAGACUAAUAAAGCUGCUCCAAUCAACUAA